AGACAGUCUUUAACUGAGAUCUUGUGUGCGCAAUUUCGUGUGUAUCUCCAUCGUGCUUCAAAAAUAAACCAUAGAAAGCUCUCUCUCUCUCUCUCUCUCUCUCUCUGCCGUAACCUCUCGUUUCAGCAUCACCAUAUCUCUUCCACUGUUACUCUCUCUCUCUCUCUCAAGAGUUUUCUUUUUCUGCUUCUAUCCCUGGGCAUCCAUGGCGGAUGCGUUCGAGCCCUACCAUGUCCCACAACAGAGCCGUCGAGAUAAACUUCGCAUCCUCUCUCACUCCCAAAACCCUUCUCUCGAUCAAACCCACUUCUACUUUCACCCUCCUCCUUCCGCCGCCGCACUCUUCCCUCUCGUUGACGCCGACUUACUCUCUUCCGCCGCCGGCGAGCCCCACGCCCUCGCUAACUUCAUGGGUUUUCUCGGCGGAGUCUCUGUCGCCGGUUCUCCGCCCUCUUCCUCCGCCGCUGUCGCCGGAAACAGAGCUUGCGACCAGGCCUUCAAUGGCGGAGACGUUUUUGUCUUUAAGCCCGAGCCUUUGUCUCUCUCCUUGUCAUCUCACCGCGGGCAUGACCACCAGAACAACAACAACGAUCUCCACAGGUUCGGGACCGGGUACGAUGUUGUCGUCCCUGGCUGCAUCGGAUCCGCCGCGUCGAGGGGCUCAGGCCCGUUGCGUCCACUUGGUCCGUUCACGGGCUACGCUUCGAUCUUGAAGGGGUCGAGGUUCUUGUGGCCAGCUCAACAGUUGCUUGAGGAGUUCUGCAAUGUGGACCGUGAGAUUUACUCCGACAGAAUCGACGACGACGAUUCGUCUUCGAUGUUUGAUCCGACGGUGGAGAAUGUCGCCGCGAGCUCCGGCGUCGGAGGAGAGACCCAUAAGAUGAAAUCCAAACUCAUCUCCAUGCUUGACGAGGUUUACAAGAGGUACGCGCAAUACUACGAGCAGAUCCAAGCCAUCGUAGCCUCGUUCGAGUGCGUGGCCGGCCUGGCAAAUGCCACGCCUUUUGCGAGCUUGGCGUUGAGGGCGUUGUCCAAGCACUUCAAGUGCCUGAAGAACGCGAUCACGGACCAGAUUCAGUUCACAAACAAUAAGACACAACAAGGGCAGUUGAUGAGUUCUGAAAAGGUUGAGUCUCUGGGUUUCGGAAGACAUGGAUUCUCUGAUCACAACCCUCCUGUCUGGAAGCCACACCGUGGUCUACCUGAACAUGCCGUGACUGUCCUUAGGGCGUGGCUCUUCGACCAUUUCUUGCACCCGUACCCGACUGAUACGGACAAGCUCAUGUUGGCUAAACAGACCGGUCUAUCAAGAAACCAGGUAUCAAACUGGUUCAUAAACGCACGAGUUAGGUUAUGGAAGCCAAUGGUGGAAGAGAUACACAUGCUCGAGACACGACAAUCUCAGAAAUCGGCUUCACAGAGCGGCGGCGGUGGCGAAAAACCGGCUCAGCACACGUCACUGCUCAAGAGAGCCCGAAACGACGUUCCCGGUGGCGACUUUUCCGGUCACGAUUUGUUGGGGUUCUCGUACGAUGCCCAAAACGUCCCCGUUUUGAGCACUAACGGAGUGUCGUUGACGUUAGGGCUUCAUCACCAGAACAACGGUCUCGGGUUAACAGAGCCGUUUCCGGUUAACGCUGCUCAGCGGUUCGGCCUCGGAGGCGGCGGCGGGUUUGAGGGGCAAAAUCGUCAAUUUGGCAAGGAUUUUGUUGGUAGUGGUAGUAAUCAGCUUCUUCGUGACUUUGUAGGGUGAAGUACAUGUCCGAAAAUGUUAUUGUCGUUUUGGUUUGUGUAUACGGGGUAUUCUCCGAGAAAAUUUCAACUUUCCCGAGAAAAAAAAAAAACCAUCCCUAGGAAAGUAAUCCGUCUUAAAGUUCAAAACCCUAGCGACAACGGUCUUACUUCUAGUUUCCAUCGAAUUUAUUUUUUCCCACUCGAUUUAAUUUACAAUUUUUCUUAUGUAAUCUACAGAUGUGUUUCCAAUUGUUUUUCUUUUCCAUA